AUGCGCUUUCCUCGUAACACCAUUUUUGUUAUCGACUCGCAUUUUGUCUGUGGGCCAUUUACAUCUCCUGAUCCUCUUUUCCAGCCAGGAGUCCCUCAACCCAGCACCCCAAACCUCACCACAACUUUCCCAACUGGGCACCCCAGUUCCUGCUGGGACCACCCGUCUCCAUCUCCAUUCCCAUCCCCAUCCCCAUCCUCAUCCCCAUCCCCAUCCCCAUCUCCAGCUCCAGCUCCAUCCCUGUCGCCAGCUCCAUCUCCAUCUCCCUCCAUCCCCAUCCCUAUCUCCAUUCUCAUCCCCAACCCCAUCCCCAUCCCCAUCCCUAUCCCCAUAUCCAUCCCGAUCUCCGUCCCGAUGCCUAUCCCUAUCCCUAUCCCGAUCUCCGUCCCGAUGCCUAUCCCUAUCCCUAUCCCUAUCCCUAUCCCUAUCCCUAUCCCUAUCCCUAUCCCUACCCCAUCCCCAUCCCCAUCCCCAUCCCCAUCCCCAUCCCCAUCCCCAUCCCCAUCCCCAUCCCCA